AUGAAGAAGAUGAAGCUCCAAAAGCUUUACUUUGAGCAAAAUGGAGGUCUAUUGUUACUUCAAAAAGUGUCCAGUCAACAAGGCAUCACGGCCCCAAGGAUAUUCACAACCAAAGAGCUAAACAAGGCCACCAACAACUUCGAAGAAUCAAAUGUGUUGGGUAGUGGAGGCUAUGGCACUGUGUACAAGGGAACCUUAGAGGACCACACAAUUGUAGCCAUUAAAAAGGCUAAAGUGGUGGAUCAAACCCAAAUACAUCAGUUUAUAAAUGAAGUCCUACUCACUCAAAUCAACCACAGGAAUGUGGUGAAGCUCUUGGGUUGUUGCUUUGAAACUCCUGUUCCCAUGUUGGUUUAUGAGUACAUCCCCAAUGGGACACUCCACCAACACAUCCAUGAAAAUGCCAAAAAAUCGAAUAACAUGGCCGGGCAGCUUAAGAAAGCCCUAGAAACAGCCGAAGCACUAGCUUACCUGCACACUGCAGCUUGCAUGCCCAUCUUCCACAGAGAUGUUAAGUCAUCCAACAUACAGUUAGACCAUAACUAUACUGCAAAAGUAGCCGAUUUCGGGGUCUCACGACUUGCCCCCAUGGACCAAAACCAGAUAUCUACAUUGGUGCAAGGGACUUUUGGGUACCUAGAUCCCGAAUACUUUCGAACCGGGCACCUGACAGCUAAGAGCGAUGUUUAUAGUUUUGGGAUUGUUUUAUUAGAGCUUUUAACCGGAGAAAAGCCUGUUUCCUCAGAGAGAUCUCACGAUGAUGCAAAUCUAGCUUUGUACUUUACAUCCCAUUUGAAAGGGAACCAUCUUGAAGAGAUUUUGGAGGAGAAUGUUCUAAGGGAGGGCAGCAUUGAGCAAUUGCAAGAUGUUGCAGAGUUGGCUAUGAAAUGCUUGAGAUUGAGAGGAGAGAAAAGACCUACAAUGAAGAAUGUAGUGUAA